AUGAAGGGCGGCAUCCUCGAAGGGCAGCAGCCGCACGCCACCGCGCCACGCACCACGCGUACCCGGCGAUCUUACCUGAAGUUGUUGACCGCCCUGUUUGUUGCAGCGCUGUAUGCACGCUUUUUCUAUACCCGCCAUAGCCACGCCCACAAGGUCGCUCGUGUGCAGAAAUGCUCCAUCUCCAACCUGCACUCCGACCUUUCUUUCCUGGAUGUCUCGCCGAUCACCGCCGAUGAAUUCAUCGCGCGUCGCGAUAACCUCGCGCGGGCACUCCACGCAGACGGAGUAGAUGCGUUCGUUCUUGAGCCAGGCUACACCUUCCAGUACUACGGCAACAUCAGCCAGCAGGACUGGGAGCCAUGGGAGCCGGAAGAGCGGCCGAUGCUGAUGAUCGUCGAGCCCGUCCACAACUCGUCGACGGGCACCAUCGUGGCCAAGACGUCCUUCCUCUCCCCGGCCUUCGAGGAGGGCCGCGUGCGCAUGCUGGGCAUCCCCGCGAAGGGCGAGCUCGACAUCGUCACCUGGGAGGAGCACUGGAACCCCUACCGCACCCUGCGCGAGAGCCGCCUGUUCGUCGGCCGCGAGAACGUGACGCUCAUGGUCGACGAGGAGAUGCGCGAUUACAUCGUGCGCGGCCUGCAGUCCAACGGCUUCGAGACGCUGGGCUUGGCCGGUGAGGUCGAGGCCGUCAGGCAGAUCAAGACGCCCGCCGAAAUCGAGCUGAUCAGGGCGGUGAACACGGGCACUGUCGAGGCCGUCAGGGCGAUGAGGCCUUGCCUUGUCCCGGGAUUGAUCGAAGAUGAGGUAAUGGCGAUUCUGGACAACUCGUUGCUGUCCAUUGGCUUUUCGCUCUUCUUCGAUAUUGUGCUGUUCGAGGAGAACGGUGCUCUGCCACAUGGUGGUUUCGUGACGGGCGGGAAGGUGCUGAAGGAGGACUCUGUCGUGCUUAUUGACGUCGGAGCACACUACCUCGGAUACUCCUCAGACAUCUGCCGCAGCUUCUUCAUUCCAACAUGGAAAGAGCGAUCGCUCUGGGAGAAGGCUGCAUCCAUCUUGACUUUCUCCAAGCCCUGCUCCUCCUCGGCAAAGAUUGACUCUGAUCUGUAUGCUGAGAAGUUGAAGGUCUGGGACAUCGUGCUCGAGGCUCAGACAGAGUCGGCCAAGAUGUUCAAGCCUAACAACAGCGCCGCCAGCGUCGACAUUGCCGCGAGGAAGGUCAUCUCCGACGCCGGCUACGGUGAGAUGUUCACUCACCGCGUUGGUCAUGGCAUUGGCAUCAAAGCCCACGAAUCCCCCUACCUCAAUAAGGGCAACCACGACGUCCUGCUGAGGCCCGGCAUGACCUUCACGUCGGAGCCGGGCAUCUACAUGCUCAACAAGUUUGGUGUCAGGCAUGAAGAUAUCUAUGCCGUCACCGAGGAUGGAGAGGCCGAAUUGCUCACUGGAAAGCGCGCAGUCAGCCCUUGGGAACCUUGA